AUGGACCGCCUCUGGGAUCUCCUGCGUAGUAGCGCAUCGAAAGAGUUCGCUGCGUCUCUGAUUGGAAUAUGGAUCUUGUACUGGCUCGCCGUCGGCGUGUACAGGGUGUAUUUCCAUCCUUUAGCAGACAUCCCUGGGUCAAAGCUGGCCGCAUUCACAUUCUGGUACGAAUUCUACUAUGAGAUCUACCCGCACAGAUUUCAGUACUUGUGGAAGAUCAAGCAGCUACAUGAAGAAUACGGGCCUAUUAUACGGAUCAAUCCUCUUCAAGUCCAUAUCCACGAUGCAGAUUAUUUCGACACGAUCUACGCGUCCGGCAUGAGUCACAAACGCGAUCGUUGUAACCAUGACUUGCACAAGUUGCGACGGACUGCCCUAGCGCCUUUCUUCAGCAAGCGCUCGGUCCAAGCUCUCGAAGAGCUCGUCGUAAAUAACACUAAGAAGCUUAUGGAUCGUUUCGCCGGCGAACUUGAGAAGGAAGGCCACAAAGCCGGUGUUGUGAAUCUCAACGACGCAUACGCCGCUUUCACCAUGGACACCAUUUCCGAGUACUGUUUCGGCGAGUCGAUAAAAGCUCUGGAUCAUGAAGAUUACGCCAAGAUCUGGCUCAAGGUUAUGCACGACGGGAUUCAGAUCGAGCCAUUUGCGCGCCAAUUCCCUACUAUCAUGAACUUCAUGCUCGACCUUCCGCCAAAGAUUGUCGAGAAACUAAGCCCCGGGGUAGCCACAGUGAACACCUUCAGUCUCAGGACGCUGGGCAGGAUUGAACGUAUUAUGAACUUUGAGGACGGCGAUGGCGAUACGAAGAAUCUGAGGAGAACGAUAUUUCAUGACAUAAGAGAUGAUGUUGGUUGUAAACUUCCGGAGAAAGAAAAACAUCCUAAGCGGUUGACGGCGGAUGCUAGUGUUAUCCUUGGUGCGGGGACGGAGACGACGGCCAGGACUUUGGCGGUUACUACUUACUACUUGAUCAAAAACUCGAAAGUUGGAGAGAAGUUGAGACAGGAACUGAAAACCGUGAUGCCGACAGUUGACCACGAAGUCUCGCUACCACAGUUGGAAGCUCUGCCAUACCUGACCGCAGUAAUAAACGAAGGCCUCCGCACCGCCCACGGCGUCUCCUCCCGCCAACCCCGCAUCCCCACGGGCGAAUCCCUACAAUACGGCCCCUACACCCUCCCCCGCGGCACCCCCAUCAUGCAAUCCUCCUACCUCCUGCACACCGACCCAGCCAUCUACCCCGACCCCUUCGCCUUCCGUCCGGAGCGGUGGAUACAAAACCCCAAACUCACGCGCUACCUCUUUGCUUUCGGGCGCGGAAGCCGUAAUUGCCUAGGCAUGAAUCUUGCUACGUCGGAAUUGUAUAUGGGGCUUGCGAUGAUUUGGCGGAGGUUUCGGAUGGAGGUGUUCGAUACGGUGGAGGGGAGGGAUGUGUUGACGAGUAAUGAUUGUUUUUUGGGGAUGCCGGAUUUGGGGAGUGAGGGGAUUAAGGUUAGGGUUGUUGGGGAGGUGGUGCGGUGA